CAGAAAGUCUCCGGAGCUUGCGCCUGGCUGCCGCGGCGCCCCGCGUUGAGACGCAGGUCUGGGAAGCGGGCAGGGGAGCAGGCGUCGUUGCUGGAGCCGAGACCAGGCGGCCAGAGUCCUCAGGGAUGAACCUCGAGCUGCUGGAGUCCUUUGGGCAGAAUUAUCCAGAGGAAGCUGAUGGAACUUUGGAUUGUAUCAGCAUGGCCCUGACUUGCACCUUUAACAGGUGGGGCACACUGCUUGCAGUUGGCUGUAAUGAUGGCCGAAUUGUCAUCUGGGAUUUCUUGACAAGAGGCAUUGCUAAAAUAAUUAGUGCACACAUCCAUCCAGUCUGUUCUUUAUGCUGGAGUCGAGAUGGUCACAAGCUCGUGAGUGCUUCCACUGAUAACAUAGUGUCGCAGUGGGACGUUCUUUCAGGGGACUGCGACCAGAGGUUUCGAUUCCCUUCACCCAUCUUAAAAGUCCAGUAUCAUCCAAGAGAUCAGAACAAGGUUCUCGUGUGUCCCAUGAAAUCUGCUCCUGUCAUGUUGACCCUUUCAGAUUCCAAGCAUGUUGUCUUGCCGGUCGAUGACGACUCCGACCUGAACGUGGUUGCAUCUUUUGAUAGGCGAGGGGAAUAUAUCUAUACAGGAAAUGCAAAAGGCAAGAUUUUGGUCCUAAAAACAGAUUCUCAGGAUCUCGUUGCUUCCUUCAGAGUAACAACUGGAACAAGCAAUACCACAGCCAUUAAGUCAAUAGAAUUUGCCCGGAAGGGGAGUUGCUUUUUAAUUAACACAGCAGAUCGAAUAAUCAGAGUUUACGAUGGCAGAGAAAUCUUAACCUGUGGAAGAGAUGGAGAGCCUGAGCCCAUGCAGAAAUUACAGGACUUGGUGAAUAGGACCCCGUGGAAGAAAUGUUGUUUCUCGGGGGAUGGGGAAUACAUAGUGGCAGGUUCAGCCCGGCAGCAUGCCCUGUACAUAUGGGAGAAGAGCAUUGGCAACCUGGUGAAGAUUCUCCACGGGACGAGAGGGGAGCUCCUCUUGGAUGUAGCUUGGCAUCCUGUUCGACCCAUCAUAGCAUCCAUUUCUAGUGGAGUGGUAUCUAUCUGGGCACAAAAUCAAGUAGAAAAUUGGAGUGCCUUUGCACCAGACUUCAAAGAGUUGGAUGAAAAUGUAGAAUAUGAGGAAAGGGAAUCAGAGUUUGAUAUUGAAGAUGAAGAUAAGAGUGAGCCUGAGCAGACAGGAGCUGAUGCUGCAGAGGAUGAGGAGGUGGAUGUCACCAGUGUGGACCCUAUUGCUGCCUUCUGUAGCAGUGAUGAAGAGCUGGAAGAUUCAAAGGCUCUAUUAUAUUUACCCAUUGCCCCUGAGGUAGAAGACCCAGAAGAAAAUCCUUAUGGCCCCCCACCAGAUGCAGUCCAAACCUCCUUGAUGGAUGAAGGGGCUAGUUCAGAGAAGAGGAGGCAGGCUUCAGCAGAUGGGUCCCAGCCGCCUAAGAAGAAACCCAAAACAACCAAUAUAGAACUUCAAGGAGUACCAAAUGAUGAAGUCCAUCCACUACUGGGUGUGAAGGGGGAUGGCAAAUCCAAGAAGAAGCAAGCAGGCCGGCCUAAAGGAUCAAAAGGUAAAGACAAAGAUUCUCCAUUUAAACCGAAACUCUACAAAGGGGACAGAGGUUUACCUCUGGAAGGAUCAGCGAAGGGUAAAGUGCAGGCGGAACUCAGCCAGCCCUUGACAGCAGGGGGAGCAAUCUCAGAACUGUUAUGAAGAUCCUUGAAGCUCUUCGUUCUUCCCUACUUUGCCAUCAUGUGGCCUCUGGACACUGUGGUCAGUCAUUUGAGAUUGACUUUAAUUUAAAACAAAGGCCUCUGCUUCCCACCCAGGAGGUGGAAAGAGUGAAUUUUAUGUUUGAAUGAAGAAGUGAAUUAUGGAAGAAGAGUAUACGUCCCUUCCCUUUCAAGCAUAAGUCCAAACAGGCUCUCAGGAACAAGGAUUUGUGAAGAUGCCACAUGGGAGUUUUGACUCAUUGAAACUUUAAUACUUACAUUGCUGGAGAAAAGAUACCUGUUUUGCUCAUCUAAUUUUAUUGUACCCUGCAUCAUUUUGACCUGUCAUUUCCUGUCUCCUGUUUGCCUUCCACCCUCAGUGCAUGUCCUUGAGUGACUUGUUCUUAUCUGAAAUUCUGCUACUGGUAUCCAGAAAAACUGCUGUUGCCUAUUCUUUCUCCCACUUUUAAACUUAUCAUCUCACCAGAUACCUCCUAUAUUUCCGCUUUGUGUAGAAAGGAUGAGCAGAAAAGAAAGUGCUUGAAAGAUUUCAAGUUUUCAGAAAGGGAGGAAAGAUAAGAAAGGUCCACUUUUCUUCACAUGCCGAGUUUUGCUCAAGAAGCUGGGCUGGGAGAGGUCAGGGUGUUUGUUUUCCUUUCGGUGCAUGUUUCCCGCCAGCGGGUUGGUUCGUUCUCCUUGAUCAUGGUUUUUGAAGAUGGCUUGUUCCAUCUAUCUCCAGCAAAGAAUCAUCAGUAGUUGAUCUUGCUUUACCUGUGCUGGCUUCCAGAGGUGGACGCGAGCCAAGAUGUCUCCUGACGAGCUGCCUUUUCACUGGGUUGGGGAGUCGAAGCAAGGACUAAAGGAAACCGUCCAGGGUCAGAGCAGCAACAAUGCAGUUGAAAUCAAAGAUCAAGGGAAAAAUUUUUUAUCACUGCUGUGGCUUUCUGUCCUUCCGUCAGUCAUUGCAUUCUCCCCUUCUUGUCUCCGUGCUCCUUUCCCUUCCGACGUAUUUUCGGUCACUUCCUUUCUGUGAAAGGUUGCUUAGCUUUUAAAAAAAUUUUAAUUUUUACUUUUUGCUUUUGCUCUUCUUUAUAUAAAAAGUAGCAGAUUGGAUGGAUGUGGACAUUAGGUGUUUGAAAUUCUCUGAAAGUGCAGAGUAAAGAGCCAGGUGUGGCGAGGGUUCCCUCGGCUCUGAGCAGAGCCCUCAGCUGAUCAGAAGUGCUUAAUUGGGAUCGCCAUUUUCACAGUAUUUUCCAAGGAGAGUUUAAACACUGCUUAUCGUGGAAUCUCUUAUCAGCUGUGGAUGUUCCUAUGGGUAGCCAGAGACAUUGAUUACCUUUUGGAUUUUAGGAUAGAAAUCAAAGUAGAAUGCAUCGGUAAGAGCCUCUUUCUCCCAUUCCAUCUUCUAGAAUCAAAAUAUUCAGUAAUUAAAGUAAUUAAGAGCUCUCCCUGAGUCUGUUGCAAAAUGUCUAUAUUUUUAGAUGCGCCUGUUUUUUCUUCAAACGCUCAUCGUGUGAAUUUUAUUUCAUGUUUUACAUCAGACCAGUAGUAAAAAUUGGCAGGUCUCUCCCGAGACCUCGUUUUGUUUUGCAGACGUCAUUUCCAUUCCAUUUCUCUCUGGGCUGUGCGCUGCCGUAGCGUGCAGACUGUGUGAUACAGAAGGUCUCUGCCUUAUUUCCAUGUGCACAGGAGCUUGUGUCCUCUCUGUGCGCGUGGAUGUUUAUGCUGUGUCCACCUCCUCAACUGGCUGCAGAGAAAGUCACCUUCAGCCCUGUCAGAUUGUCUCUGGCAGCAGCUCCUAAUAAUUAUUUAUAUUUUGGGAAUUUUUUUCAGCUCCUAAAACCUUCUGUCUAUUUCAUUUUGAUUUUCUUGAUUUGUACAAUAUAUGCAUAUUCUUUUCUUCCCUUUGUGGUCCCCUCCCCCCACACUGUUUUGUUUUUUAAUGUUCUCUAGUUUUGUACGAGACGAGACUUAGCCUUGGGUACUUCUUGCUGAAGCUUUAAUGCUUUGUAAAUAAAAUUGGAUGUUUAUUAAA